GCCCCCAUUUCGAAGCUCCUCCUCGCGAUUCCAAUCCACGCACGCCUCCUCCGCCUCCGCGUCCGCCUCGCGCAGGGUUAGGGUCUGCUCUGCUCCCCCAUCUCGUGCUUGUUUUUUCCUGUUGGAUUUGGUAGAGAAGGCUUGAUCUAUGGCUCUCGGGGCCCGAUUCGGCGUCGCCUGAUCGAUUCGUGCGGUUUUCUUUGAGCGGGGUGGGGGAAGGGGUUGUGGUGGUGUUGAUUCGUCGGAUACGGGGAUUUCGCGGGCUGGGAAUUGUCAAGGAGACGGGAGCUCGCAGCUUAUAGUCAGUGAUGGAACACAAGGAGGCGGGUUGCCAGCAGCCGGAGGGCCCAAUCCUAUGCAUCAAUAACUGCGGUUUCUUUGGCAGCGCUGCCACCAUGAACAUGUGCUCCAAGUGCCACAAGGAGAUGAUAAUGAAGCAGGAGCAGGCCCAGCUGGCUGCCUCCUCCAUUGAUAGCAUUGUCAAUGGUGGUGAUGGUGGGAAAGGGCCUGUAAUUGCCGCAACUGUAGAUGCGGCAGUUCCUCAAGUUGAGGAGAAGACUAUUGUUGUGCAGCCUAUGCAUGUAGCUGAAACCAGCGAGGCUGCUGCUGUAAUCCCCAAGGCCAAGGAAGGCCCAAACAGGUGUGCAACCUGUAGGAAGCGUGUUGGGUUGACAGGAUUUAACUGCCGAUGCGGGAACAUGUACUGUUCGGUGCACCGCUACUCCGACAAACAUGACUGCCAGUUCGACUAUCGAACUGCAGCUAGGGACGCGAUUGCCAAGGCCAAUCCUGUGGUGAAGGCGGAGAAGCUUGACAAGAUCUGAGGCGGGCAUUGGGGAGCGAGGUGGUUGCAAUCUGCAAGAAUUCAUCAUGCAUCUUUGCUGCUUUAUCAUUGAACUUCCCAUUCUUGUCUGCUGUCACAUCCUCUGAGGUUCAAUACUGUGAUGCACACAGCAUCCUGGCAGCUGCAAGAAUUCGUCCCCAGUCGAGUCCAAAAUGGUUUGCGUGUUGGCUAUGUCGUGUAAGCUUAUUCAGUUAUUCAUGGUGGUUUCGGUCGGUAUUGUGGCAUUCCCAUUUAGGUAGCUCUGUAAUGUACUAUUGUCUCAUGCAUGUUAAAUUCCAAUCAGUAAUAGUAAUCAGCAAUUGUCUGCCAUAUUUCCUACAAGUAUAUUUUCUGGUU